AUGUCUCGACUUCGUGUUGUCCGAUGUCAUUCAUUAUUAGGCUUUUAUAAUAUGCAAUUAAAAACACCGAUCGCACUAUUAAAUCUACAACAUCUUUAUCUUGAAUUGAACAAUCUACCAUUUAAUCAAUUUAAUUCGUUGAUGACUAAUAUAUCUUCGACACUUCAAUCGUUGGGUAUUUGUACGACCAAUGAUGAUCAUUACAUAAAUGCCGAUAAUUGGAUAACAUUGAUUUCAUCUCAUAUGUGCACUUUAAAGGAUUUUUAUUUACAUUAUUCAAAUUUCAUAUCAAAUGAUGAAGACUAUGAUGCAUUUCAUACAACCAUUCGCAGCUUCUACUCGAACUUUUGGACAGACCGAAAAUGGUGUUUUGGAUAUCAGCAUUAUUCGAAUCAGGUCGAGGAUGGAAUGGAUACUGAAACUCUUGUAAUAUUCUAUUCAAUCAAGCCAUAUAGAAACCAUAACUAUGAUUUAUUUGAACGUGCAAGUAAUUUGGAAUGUCAUGGAGAUACUGGUUGUAAUUUGUCACGUUGUUUAACAAUACAUGGUCAUCGUUCAAUUAUUAAUUGUGAAGUUAAAUUUCAAAAUGUUACUAGUCUCAUAAUUUCGGAUGAACAUAUGGACAACGACCACUGGUCGAUUGUCAACCUCAUUCGUAUUGUACCAUUGGAACAAUUAACUAAAUUAAUUGUUGAAUGUGAUUCUGUAUGCAUUAAUACAUUGUUCAAGAUCUUGAAUGAUGCAAAACGUAUUCGAUCGCUUGAACUUGCUCGAUAUGAAAUUUCAGAUAUACAAUUUCCAUUUAUUAAACAAGUUGAUAAUGAUAAUGCGAUAUUUAACAGAAACAAUAUAGUUCAAUUGGCCAUUCGUUCUGUUUGCACUUUACAACAACUUCACCUUCCCGUAAACAUUUUUCCACAUAACAAAUGUCUUAAAUUAAUGAUAGCUUAUACUGAUUAUGAAUCGAUCAUAAAAUUCUUGUUAGUGGAAAAUCGAAACCACAACCGACAUCUCUUCUCAUUAUAUCUCAACAUUCUCGAUUCAAAGAACGAGAUUUUAAAAAACUUGAAAACAUUAAUAGACAAUGAAAAACUGCUCAUCGAUUAUGCAAUCGCUGAUUUAAACAAUAAAGUACAUAUCUGGUGGUAAUACAAAAUCUUUUUCUCUGUGUCUGUCUAAGUGUGAUGUGUGUGUGUUCUGCUAUAUCUGUGUAAGUGUUGUGUGUAUUCUGCUAUAUCUAUUCGAAUAUAUAAUAUCUGAUUCAUCAUAAAGAAACUCGAAAUUCAAAGGAAUCCUUUUUGCAUAGUUUUGGAUUCUACCUUACAUCAUGUAUCAUGUAUAUAAUCAAUUUAUAUUUUAUGCGAGAACAAGCUGCUUGGGACAGCUGAAACAAUAAGAUUGAUUUCUGUUGAUGUACAUUAAAUAGUAUCGGAGCACAUCUUAACAUUUAAGCCAUUUGCCGUCUUUAUAUUCUUGAUCAUAAAUUUUUUCUUUCGGUAAGCAGCACUUCGUAAAUCGUGAACUUGUUACUGUAUUCAUAAUGGCUUUUGAUCUAUAAACUAUGUUACUCAACAUAAUAGCGGUACCAAUAACUGUAAGAUCAAACAUAAACUGAUAGUCGCUAACAUUUUAUUGUUUAUAAGAAUGAUACUUGUCGACACCAUCGAUGUUACGUAAUGCUGAUAACUGUAUUUAACAGAAGAUUUUUUUUACAAUUGUCCAAUUGUUCAAUCUUGCUGGAAAAUAAGAUAAAUGAAGUGGAUAAUAUUGAAAAUUUAAUGUUUUCAUUAAAUACUCCUUUUCCUGUCGAAGCCCUUUUUUGGUAUGAAUGAAUGAAGAUUCGUCAGGAUUUAUGAUAGAUAGGCCAUUAUUUUACGGAUUGGUUCUAUCCUUUACAUCGUUCAGCAUGGUUUGCUUUUCAUUCAACGUAUCUGUGUUGUUCGAGAGUCAAGAUAUAUUUUACAUCUCGUUCAUUAUAAAGGAUCAGACAUUUUUCUGAAUUCUUUGAAUGAAUUGAUUAUAGAAGCUGAUAUGAACUGAAAUUCGACAUUCGAAUGUUUGGUAAAUAAUCAUAUGAUGCAACAUUUUAGACUGACUUGAAGAAAUUUCUUCUGUUUGUGUAAGCUUACAUUGAAACUUGGAGUACAUAAAUAAAUUAAAUAAAUAAUCAUAUUCUCUUAUUAUCAUUAUCAUUAUAGAACUAAAAAGUGUCGAUCGUUGGUUUAUAUUCUGUAAAUCAAAGACAGAGACUAACUUUAGUCAGAAGAAAUGUUAUGUUUCUCUUAUGAAAAACUAGGAAUGUUUUUUUUUUGUAAACUGAAAGAUCGAUAACAUUCUUUUUUAUUUUUUACAACUGUCACUUGAUGUCAGAAAAUAGUUAUAUUCUUUGUGUCGUUCAAAUUCUUGUAGAGAUACUUCAAAAGCUCGGUUUUCUCAAGAUUGACAUUUCUUAGAAUAUGUUCCGAUCUUAUUGUUUUCUACAACCUACUGAAUUUCUCACCGGCUUCAUCUGAAUUAAUUUUUAUCUCAAAUCGAAUCAUCGAGUCAUAAAUUAAUUGCAUUUACAGCCAAUGUCCAUACUACAAGAAUAUACUAAACUAAUGAACUUCUUUACAUUAGAAGAGAUUUUCAAUGUAUUUAGAAGAUCUAUGUAGAUUUGAAGAAAAUUUAAAAAGAAAAAAAUGUCUUUAUCGUUAUUCAUCGUAUUCGCUGCAAUAUCCUUUAAGGGCAUUUUCCUUCUGUCAAAAAUUGGAGUUUUUUCUAAUUAAUCGAUUUUGGAUUUACACAUCAUUAGAUAGCCCAAAACGUUUAUUUUCGAAUUUUAUAUGAUUUAUUUGAUUCAUAUUGCAAUUUAGCACUUUCUAAGAGGUUUUUCUUCCAACAAAAUAAGUUAUUUUUGAUUGUAUCCAGUGGGAAAAAAUGUUAAUAUAUAGGAAAAGUAUGUCAUACAUGUAACUGCCUUUUUUCAUUCGGCCUGUUGUAUUCGAUGGAUAACCUAUAACAAACUGAUGUAGAUAUUUUUCUGUACUACUUAAAAAGAAAGAACUUGAUUUUCUUAGUCAAAAUUUGUUUUACAUUUUAUUUUUCACCUUAACUUAUCAGUGUUUUAAACUCUUCUUCAAAAAUUGUCGAUCUAUGAUUCUGAAUAAUUUCAUUCAAAAGUACAACGAAAAUUGUAUCGAUUCGUUUAUCACUUUUUUUGAAUUCUGAAAUUUUGUAAUUCUUACUAUUAUCUCGGUUUAUAAAUCAAAAUAGAAAUAAAAGUGACGACUCAAUGACUAGAAUCCGUAAUUUUUCUCUCUCUCUCGGAUGUAACUACUUCGAGCUCAAACAGAUGACCAAGAGUAUUUAUGACGGAAAGUUUUAAAGAUAUCAUAUAAAAAACUGAUUAUGAUGUUUGCAUUGUAGAAUUUCUAAUCUAUCUUGACAUAAAAAUGAGUACAAAAACAAAAUUCUGACUGAUACGGUAUUUAACAUAAACAAAGAUGACAAUUGCAUCAAACUGUGACAUGAUUGCAUGAAUAUUUUAUAUUCAUCAUAUAUCGCAUUUGUUUCCACAUGAAUAUAUGGAGUAUUGAUAUUUGUGUUGACAAAAUAUAUAUAUCAGUUCUUGUCUUGUCUAAACAUGUUUUUAUUUGAGUUCUAGUUCAAUACAGUAUGAAAUUGAACGACACAAAAUUGUCAGUUUGAAUAAUAGAAAGUCUGUAGAGUGACAAUAUGUAUUAAUUCGUUUUCAUUUUUAUAUAACAGAGUAUUUUUCAAAAUAAAUAUACACAAUAGACUUUUGAACAUUAUUCAUAUAUUUUGCUUCUUUGAGAAUUUAUUGAUGAUUCUCUUCGUUUAUUCUACACAUUUUUACCUCAGUGUUUAUUAAAAUAAUCUAUUCUUGUUUCGUACAAUAUUUGUAUCUUUAUAUCAUUAUCAAUUGCCAAAACAAUAUUUGUUAUCGAUAAAAAUAAGAUCCGUACAACCGGAUAUAUUAACUUUCAAACAUAUCUUUGUUCAUGUAUUCAAAUUCAAGAAACAUAAACGCAUCAUCCCCAGAUUUUACAGAUUACUCGUUGAUUAUUCCGAUCUCAAUUAUUUUGGGAUUAAUCGGCAUGUCUAUUGCUUGUCUUGUCAUUGUCGUGAUCAUAUUUACCAAACGUUUAUAUACUGUCACUUAUUUAUUGAUUUGUAAUACAUGCGUUUC